AUGAAGUCAUGGCAACCAAAACCAAAAAUAUAUUUCGCCUUAGAAUAUGCCAAAGGGGGUGAGCUUUUUGACAAAGUAUCAAAAGGGAGAUUAAAGGAACAUAUCGCCCGUAGAUAUUUCCAGCAAUUGAUCACAGCCGUUGAUUUUUGUCAUAGUAGAGGAGUCUAUCAUCGAGACCUUAAACCUGAAAACUUACUUUUAGAUGAAAAUGACAAUUUGAAAGUUUCUGAUUUUGGGUUAAGUGCUCUUGCUGAAUCGAAGCGUCAAGAUGGGCUACUUCACACCACUUGUGGGACUCCUGCUUAUGUGGCACCUGAAGUGAUUAAUAGGAAAGGGUAUGAUGGGGAUAAAGUUGAUGUCUGGUCAUGUGGGGAAAAAGCAGAGUUCAAAUGUCCAAAUUGGUUUCCACCAGAUGUAAGAAGGUUACUGACAAGAAUGUUGGAACCAAAUCCCAGUUAUAGAAUCACAAUUGCCAAAGUUAAGGAAAACCCAUGGUGUAAAAAGGGCAAUAUUGUCCGAAAACCAAAUAAGGAGUUGGUUCUUUCUACAAGUUCAGAUGGUGCUUCUGCUUCAGGUUCCUCUGAAGAGAAACAGGAAGUGAUGAGGCUUCAGAAUUUGAAUGCAUUUGACAUAAUUGCCCUCUCUCCUGGGUUUGACUUGACAGCAUUGUUUGAAGAGCCUCGACAAAAGAAAGAAGCAAGAUUCACUUCAUGGCGACCUGCGUCUGUUAUUAUAUCUAAAACUUGA